GCAGUUUAAAAUAUUAUUGACGGAAAUGUCUUCCAAGGAUUAUGAAUUAUCAGAUGACGAAGAAGAACAUUACAUAUUUAUUGAGUUUGACGAUAGCGUUAAACUAGAAAAAUAUAGUAAUAUUCAUGUUCUAGGUAUUGAUACUAAAAAUCCUUUAAUUCAGCUAGAUAACACAUUUUUCUCAGGUUCCUAUGAAAAUCCAUUAGGAACACAUAUUUUUUUUGAAGAAGAUCCUUUAGCACAAACAAGUGAUCUACUAUUCGACAAGUUGCCUGAAAAGAGUCUUAAAUAUUUGACAAAAUCAAGAAAAACUGUAAAAGCUGAACAUGUUUAUAUAAAGAUGAAAGAAGGAACCGAAAGUGAAGCUCAAAUAAAACAAGAUAAAACAGACCAUGAGAUAUCAGCAGUUGCAUUUACUUCAGUGGCAGAAGCUGUAGAAAGAUUCAAAAAAGAUUGGAUGGUAUCACACCCUGAAUUGUUUAAUAAAACAAAGUAAGUGAUAAAGAGGAAAAUAAUUCUUUAUCAUCUUACUUGUUAUUUACUAUAAGUAAUUCAUAUGAUUAUUUUUAUAAAAUGUCUUUUAUUUAUGCCUUUAAUGUAUGAACAUGCAGUUUACAAUGCACAAAAUGUCAAUAUUUGUCAUUAUUAAUUUUAAAACUGAUCAAAUACUAUAUAAGUGGAACUGUGUUGCUUUAGUUUUUAAGUUAGCAAGUAGGUUUACUUCGAUGUUAAAAAUUUAGAAAAAUGAAUUAAGAUACUUUAAAAAUCUGAUUUGAAAGUGUUGGCUAAGUCUAAUAAAACAAAGCUGAUG